GUGUGUGGAAAUGGCAUGAGGUAUGGCAAUAAAUAGGCCAUAGUAGCAAAGUAAUUACAAUUUAGCAGAUUAACACUGGAGCGAUAGAUGAACAGAUGAUGGUGUGUAAGUAGUGAUACUGGGGCCUGUUGCACAAAAGUAGAAUUAAGACAUCCGGGAUAAAUGACUCAGCUGAGCUCAAUGAAUCCAAAACGUGCGUCCAGGCUUAAUUGGUUGCACAAAGACCAAGCCAGGAUGAGCAGACACGGAUUCAUUAAGCCAGGUGAAACCAAUCCUGGAUAGGUGCGCGCUCACGGCUCACUCAAAUAGACCCCGCCACAGAUCACAGAUUAACUGAUUUACCAUGGCAACUAGAGCCGCGUACUUUUCCCCGUCGGAAGCACAAAUCCUCAUGGAGGCAUACGAGGAGGUAAAAGAUAUAAUUAAGAAGAAAGGCAACACCGCCACAGUGAUAAAGCAAAGAGAAAAAGCGUGGCAAAGUAUUGCAGACCGCCUGAAUGCAUUAAACAUGAACGGGCCAAAACGGACAUGGCAGCAGGUCAAAAUCAAAUACAAGAACAUUCUGCAGAAUGCAGUGAAAAAGAAUACCCACAGACAAGGCACGGGUGGUGGGUCACCAAAGGCUGACCUUACCCCAGCAGAGGACAUGGCCUUGGAGCUAAAUAAAGGCAGGCCCGUCUUAGAGGGGAUCCCUGGGGGGAAAGAGACGAGCAUAGGUUCCUCCCAAGAUGCCACCCGCUUCAUUCAAGUGUCUGGCAGCACUGUGUUCCUGCUAGAGCCACCAGCACAAGCACCAGACGAUGCUGAUCCAGGUGAAGGCCCCAGUGCAGCAGCAACAGCACAUGAUGGAGACGAUGAUGAUGAGGAGGAGACCAUCUCUCUGGAUUCCAGAAGGCAUGAGGUAUCAUGGUAAGACUGUGAAAGUACUAUUUACUCUACAAUGGUGAGGAGUCCUCAUCAGAAUCAAAAAAUCUAAUUUCUUUUACAGGACCCAGAUGCUAUACAGUGGGAAAACCAGUCUGGCAACAUAGUGCGUAUUAAUAAAAGGACACCACAUCCUGCCAAAUUCCAGCUGCGCUAAUUGUAUUGUGUUCACAGAGCUCACAAGCUAUCAGAAAGUUGUAUGGCAACCACCUCCGGCGCCAAAUAGAACUGGCAGACAUAGACAUUCAGUACAAGAAGAAAAAGAUGGAAAAUCUUGCACUGGACUCCGAAAUAAAAAAGAGGACAAUUAGGAAACUGGACCUUGAAAUAAAAAAACUUGAGAGGGAGCUCCAAGAAGAUGACACAGCUCAAAAUAAAAAUUAGCAAUCAGUACAACCAAGUCAUCGUUAUAAGGCAUCGCCCUCUUUUGCCCACCCCCCCAGCACCAGGUGUGGCCACUAGCCUAUAUGAAGGCCCAAAAUUGUGUGUUCCUUUCUGCUCUGACAAUGGCAUGCCCAUUCGUGCGAGAUGUGGUGGAUGAAGAAGCACUUGUGCUGAGGAGAGCCUUCAGGCGAGAAAGGGUCUUCAGGGACCGGUUGGACCCACUGGCCUUCCCUGACGACCAUCUAUAUGAAAGAUACAGGUUUUCUGCAGAUGGCAUCAGGUAUCUAUGCAGACUACUGGGUCCCAGGAUUAAGCACCGCACUGCACGGAGCCAUGCACUGAGUGUGGAGCAAAUGGUUUGUGUGGCCUUGCGCUUUUUUGCUAGUGGAGCCUUCCUGUACUCAGUGGGGGAUGCAGAACAGCUGAACAAGGCCACAAUUUGCCGCACAAUAAGGAGUGUGUGUCUGGCUAUCAAAGCAUUAGCAGAUGUCUUCAUCUCCUUCCCUGGCCACAGAAGACUCUGUGACAUCAAAGAGGAGUUCUAUAGGAUUGCAGGUUUCCCCAAUGUCAUUGGUGCAGUGGACUGCACACACAUAAGGAUAAAAGCCCCCUCAGGUGCCCAUGAGGCCGAUUUUGUGAAUAGGAAAUCCUUUCACAGCAUUAAUGUUCAGAUGGUCUGCAAUGCUGACUGUGUGAUCAGCAAUGUUGUGGCAAAAUGGCCUGGCUCAGUCCAUGACUCCAGAAUCUUUCGGGCCUCUGAAAUCUAUCACAAGGUGAAUUCUCUGGUGUGUUGCUGGGAGACAGGGGGUAUGGCUGCCAGCCUUUUCUCCUGACACCUUUCACAGACCCCCAGGAAGCACAGCAGGCCUACAACCAUGCCCAUGCCAGGACCAGGGCCAGAGUUGAAAUGACCUUUGGCCUCCUGAAGGCACGCUUUCACUGCCUUCACAAAUUAAGGGUCAGCCCUGUUAGGGCAUGUGAUAUUACUGUGGCUUGUGCUGUCCUCCACAAUGUGGCCUGCCUGAGGAAGGAGAGGGCCCCCAGAGUGCCACCAGCCAUGGACUGGGACAAUCCGGCAAUCUUCCCUGAUGACGACAGUGGUCGGCUGCUGAGGGACCAAUAUGUGUUGAAUUAUUUUAGUUAGUAUGUGUGCUUUCAAUUUUGGUUAAAUAUGUCCUGCGGUGGCAGAGGAAUUUGUUUU